AUGUAUUUCGGCCUGAUCUACAACCUCACCUAUUCCUCGCUGUCUCGAUCCCCUCCACAGGUGAAAUAUGAUAAAAUUGGAGCCUCGUCUAACCGAAGCCGACGCGGUCGCCUCUUUCUAAUUGGACACGUUUCCGUUCGUUCAUCAAUUGAGCUCGUUACGGCGAUAUCUUUUGUGCCCUCCGCACAACGAGUCGUCUGCCUCCUGCCAUUACGAUUUUUAUGUCGUGCUCUUGCACUAGAAAUACCCAAUUUUCUCACGAGCUCAACGGCUUUCUACUCGGCUGGCAGAUAA